CUGAUGAAAGGCGCUCGUAGAUAGAGUGGCUAUGGCAGCCUGACGGACUGACGGACGAUGGAGCAGGCGGCUGGCGAGGUGGCUCCUCCUUACGACUUCCACGCAGCGUUGGCGGCCAUUCCCACAGGUGGGCAGUAUGGAUGGAUGGAUGAAGAUGCAUUAUAUAAUUGUUGAUGCACGUGCUGUGGGGGGGAUGUGGCCGGCAGAUUUCCGGCGUGUGGUUUUGACGAUGACGGGCUGCGGCCAAGACGAACAGGACAGUGCUAAGGUGAAGCUGAACACAUGAACGGCGGCACGGCAGAGCAGCAGUCGGCUGAAUGCGUCUAUGCGUCUGUCUGUGCCGACCUGUCCGGCAUUAGGUGUUGACCGAGCGACUGGGAGGGCACUACGUCGACUCGACGGUUGCCAGCUUCUCGCCAGAUGUCAACCACAUCCUCGUCGGCCGCUCCCAAGACAAUGCCCCUUCGCUGUUGCAGUACCUCCUCUGUCGCUUUGACCCCUCCCGACCACCACCCCUUUCACAAGAGGAGCUCACCGAUGUCACGACACACUUCCCCCAGGCUCGCCAGGCCCUCCACGCGGCCGCCGACGGCCACCAAACGACGGCAGAGAGUCAGGGCUGGAGCCUCGCUGUGUCGUCUAUCGGUUUGGGCAACGAGGUGAGGGUGGUGGGGGGGCCGAAUCCGGAGAGCAGUGUUGGGCGGCCGAUAGCUUAUGCUGAGCUGCAGUGGACGAGGCAGGGGGAAGUCAAGCGACAGGUGGGCGGGCAGGCACACAGGGAGGGAAAGAGACCUCUGCAAAGUGUGUGUGUGUGUGUGUGUGUAUGUGGCAGGUGGUUGUUGUGUACCAUAGCUCCUGGCUGGACGACUGCAUCGAGAGGGACCAGUACGGCACCGGCUGCCCUCUCUUUCUGCCCGACCCCACGUGCCCCAUCCUGUGCAAACUAUUCACCAAGCACAGAAAGGUCGGCGGACCACACAAAAGAUAAACACACUCACAAAUACGUCAAAACGCCCUUCUCUCUUUCUGUCAUGUGUGUGAGCCAGGAGCAGAUCAGGCGGGAUCGGUUCGCAGAGCUUCUGCACCCCCAGCUCCCCGACGAGGCCCUCAUCCAGGAGCUCCUCAGAGACCCCCAUGCGGUCCUCAUGCGCACCCUCUGCACCCUGGCGCCGCCCACAGGCAAGAGGAAGAAACACAAGAUGAAGAAAAAGAAGAAAGAGCGAAAGAGAGACAGUGCCGACGACGAGCGCGACAGUGGUAGCGAAUCGAGGCGCAGGAAGCGCAGACGAGCCGCCGAUGCGGCCGACGAGCACAUGGGCGAUGGGGAGGGGGACAGGGAGGAUGAGUACGAGGGUCAGGAUCUGUUUGGGCCACGUGUGGAUGAGCGGCCGGUGACGGCAGUUGAGGCGGAGUUUGACAGACCUGUAGAUCAGGUCAGGUGAGGGGCGGGAAGGCAUGCAGUGCCGGUCGCUCGUGGUGCGAGGAGGCAUGGAGUGCUGGGCUGUGCUGUCUGUCUAUGCUGUCCUGCUGUCAGCUGGAUGUGUUUGCCGUUGGCCAUCGGGUGGAGGUGUUCUCAGGCCGCAACACAAUCGUUCCCAUCACGUAAGAAAUCGACUCAGGACACGGUGUGCUGGCUCGUCACCUGCUUGUGUAUCACUGCCCCCCUCCCCUCUCCCCCCUGUGUGUGUGUGCCGUCCAUCAGCGGCACCAUAGCUGAUGUGUCUGUUGGUGAGGAUGGCCGUGUCAUUCAGUACCACGUGCACCUCGACGGCCACAGCGUUCCCUUCUGGGAGAGGCCACAGGUCUGUAGCUAGGUGAUUUCCUCCAACGCAUGACAUGUGCAUGCAUGCAUUGCACUUAAUCAAGCCUGCCCGCUAACCGGUUUUGUGACCUGUGUUGGUGUCUGUCAGGCUGUGCGUACCCCAGGCACCUGGACUAGUCUGCUGCAGCAAGAUGCGGGCAGAGGCCGCAGAGGCAAGGUAGGUACCACCGAUCGCAAACGAUACUGUGAAUGAUAUGUUCUGUUCCCUUGUGUGUGUCUGCAGCGCGCAGCGCGAGCCCGCAUCCACGACGACAUGCACGACGACAUGUCCUUCUUCGCCCCACGCGCCCACUCCCACCAGGCCCCCUCCCACCAGCCGCACUCAUCGCACCGUGAGCCCCGUGACAGCUCCCCUCGUCCCUCUCGCCCAUCCCCAACCGCUGCUGAUGGCCCAGAAGAGCACAUGAGUGAUGGAGAUGGGCCUGCUGCUGACGAUAAGGAUGACGGCGACCGCCACCGGCAGCAGCAGCAGCAGCAUGUGGAAGAGGCCAAAGAGGAAGGCAUGGCUGGCGGGGGUGAGGGUGAGGAGUAUCAACUCCCCUCUGGGGAGCAGCCCAGUGCCAGUGGAGCUGCUGCCGGCCCUCAAGAGCGUGCGGACCAGCAGCCGGGGGACCCCGAUGGCGAACAACAAGCACCUGAUGGUCUGCAAGAUGUUGCUGCCGCUGGUGCCAGUGAUGGUGUGCGUCUGGAGGCAGCGGCACGGCAGGAGGACAUUGCGCGUCAGCUCGAGGAGAGGCGCAUGCAGUGGCUGCACCGGUUCGACCGCGAGGCGCAAGAAAACAAGACCGAGAUGAUGCACCAGACACCGCACAACGACAUGCCGGCAAGUGGCGCCGCAUGCGACGAUGCUGUUCCUCCACCUACUGCCCGUCCAGAUGAGCGAAACGACUGCGAGAGCCCUCGCCAGGAAGCUGCGGCUGCGUCAGCCGACCGGCCGCACGACGAGGGCGACGCUGCUGAUGCUCCGGGCGACCAGCCCGGCACAGCCAUGCCCCAAGCGUCACCAGAGGGCAUGCCACGAGAACCGGAUGCAGAGGCGGCAGAUGGCUGUGGUGUGGACGAGGCUGCUGUCGCAUCGGCGCGUGAGGGGACCGAGGACCUUUCUCAAGACGCCGCCGCCGAUCCACCUGCAGACCAGCGUGCGACGGCACAGGGAGGCGACGCAGCUGCUGCAGCCGAUGACGCGAGCCAAGCGGAUCAUCCAAUGCCGGCAAAGGACAUGGAACCAGAUGCCGAAGUCAACGUGCCACCCAACACCGCGACAGACCCCCAUCAGCAGACCACUAACGCCAUCGCCAGAGCCCGUGACCAGCACCGAGGAGCAUCGGACCACGAGCAGAGGGAGAACGAGGCCGCGUCGAGUCUCUCGCCGCCCAGCACCAGCCCCCGCGACCAACCGUCCGUCAGGCAGCCACAGCCUUCGCCCAGCCAGUCGUCAGGGCAAAGUGCAGUGGUCGGCAGGCGCGGCGCCAAGGGGAAGGUGAAGGUUAAGGAGAUCGACAAAGUGGAGUUGAGGUCCCUGGUGGUCCAGGUAGGUAAGUGACUAAUGAAUGUACUGACAGUCGCGCCACAAACAACCCACUUAUACUCGCAUAUGUGUACCGAUGGCUGUGUCGUGUCGUGUGCUGUGUGGUGUGGUGUGUGUGCAGAAGUUCGGCCCUAUAGAGAAUGCCGAUAUGCAGAGUGAGACGCUGGUGGUGCAGCAGCUGAAAGGUCAGGGAAUCUGUGGACCUCAACCAACGCCUCGCCAUGUGCCGGAUUUCUAUCUCUGUGUGUGUGUGUGUGUGAAUGUGAAGGUCAGUGGCUGGGUGCCAAUGGGGACGUGGUGCACCCCACCACCACUCUGAUCAUCGACACUGCCUACUUCUCCAAUAGCAGGGACCUAGUCCAGCAGGCUCUCAAGAGGUGCAUACCCGUCAUCAAGUGGGUGGCUGGGUGGGCAAGGCGAACAUACAUACCAAAGGGGCGUGUGUGUCCUUGUGUUCACAAAACACGGCCAUUCUUUGUGUCUGUGCGUGUGCGCGUGUGUGCGUGUGUGCUGUGUGCGCCAGGCUGGGGAAGGACAACAACUACUUGCAGCAGUGCUGUCGCAAGAAGCGUCUGCUGCCCAUCAAUCUGUUCUGCGACAACGAGCUGACCAAGUGGCGCAAAAGAGGCGAAUCGUAUGGAGACGUGGACCAUGCCAAGGCGAUGGCUGCUUUCCAGGCGGAGGAGAGGCGGCGGAUGGCCAUGGCUGUCGACGGGUGAUAGAUAGAGGGAUGGGCGGGGUGCUGCUGAUACACAGACUUGUCCCUCGCCAUUCUGCUGUAUGCCGCAUUGAUCAGGUGGCCGGCCAUUAUGUACAUACCUCCACAUAGAGAAAGUCAUGCUCUCGCUUUGCUUUCAUGUGACGCACAAACUUUGUGUCUGUCUGUGUGUGUGUGUGUGUGUUCGAUUGAUUGACUGGCUGUCUGUCUGUGUCUGCAAUGCAUAUCGAAUGAAUGCUUCAGCG